AUGGUUAUCAAAAGAACAAUAUUUCUGGGAAAGAAAACACUUGUGUUGGUAAGCAUAUCCCCUCUCUCUCCUCUCUCUCUCUCUCUCUCUCUCUCUCUCUCUCUCUCUAUCUAUCUAUCUGUACCGAGAUAUCCAUCAUGUUAUACAGACGAAUGCAAGAUUGAUAAUGGUGGCUGUGACCAUAUCUGCACAAAUUUAAAUGGUUCCUAUGAAUGCAGCUGUUUUAACGGCUAUGAACUCUUUCAAACUGAUGGCCAACUCACUGUUUCUGUUCACCCACUUGAUACAGGGCAUAACCCAGGCGACUACUACAGAUUUAACCAUUCUUGUAUCAGGACCAUAUGUGAUCAUCCCAACAUCACCCACGCUGUAUAUUUUACAGCGAAGAGUGUUUUUUACUUUAAUGAAUCUCUGAAAAUUGGAUGCUUGGAGGGUUACAAGUUGGUUGGAAAUUCGAGUAUAACAUGUCUUGGACACGGAAAUUGGUCUACUUUGCCAACCUGCGAAAUUGGCACCUGUCCUCCUGUCAUUUCAAAUACAGGAGUGGUGAAUCCAUCCGGUGUAACACAAUAUGGGCAAAAUGUUUCGAUCACAUGUACCCUUGAUGGGGUUCAAACUGUAAAGUACAGAUAUUGCGUGUGGAAUCAAGAGAAUAAAACCUUCACAACCGUAGGGUAUUCACCUGACUGUCCAGUGAUUGAUUGUGGUAUACCAGAAGCAAUUCCAGGAGCCGCUCCAUACGGAUAUAAUUGCACCGAAUAUCGUUGUUCAUUUGAUUUUGCAUGCCUCCCACCUUUUACUAGUCAUGGAAACACCGAGCAUAGUAAUGGUGUCACUGUGGUAUGCAACAAAAAAAGCAGAUGGGAGAUCGGUGAUAUAACUUGUAAAGGAGCAUCAUGUCAAGAUCCUGGUACACCUGCAGAUGCCGCCCAGUACAAUGUAUCUUACGAUUUAGGAGAUAGCAUGACAUUUAGCUGCAACCGCACAGGUUACGCAGUUAUGAAAAACAACCUGCUAACUUGCGUCUACAAGAAUGGAAGCGCACAUUGGGAUAAGCCUAUAAGUCAAUGUGUUGAUACAUAUUCUCCGAUUAUCAGUAAUUGUUCCCUGGAACCAAUAUACGCAAAAAGAAUGGAAGAAGUAACACUUCCUUUUGUCAACGUAAGCGACAAUUCUGGAGCGACGAUGCAUCUUGAAGUGUGGCCUUUGAAAUUCCGAUUUCCUACAAUUAUAAUUACGAGCACGGAAGUCACCUAUAAGGCAACGGAUUGGGUAGAUAACACAUCUUCAUGCUCUCGCAGAAUUAUCGUAAAUGAUACUGAGAAACCAAUAUUAAGUUGCCAGAACUUUACUACAUUUCUGUUGUACGAGACAGUGACAUUAACGCAAAACAACUUUUCAGUAAAUGCAUCAGAUAACUCAGGUACAUUAUUUCUCAUCUACGAACCUUCGACACUUGUGAUCGGUCAGGAACGUAAUGCUACCUACGUUGUAAAGGUUACUGCGAAAGAUCCAUCAGAGAACAUAGCAAUAUGUUAUAUCCAGGUGAAAACUGAAGAUGUUCCAGGCACUGAGUGUGAUAAAAGACGGCUUGCUAUUCCCAAUUCGGAUAUAACAUGUCCAAACAGUGAUUCCUGCAGUGUAUCUUGUAUUGAUGGGUACUUUUUUUUCGAUCAGCCAGCUCUCGUCACCCGAAACAUUAAUUGUGACCCCUCAAAAGGUUGGCCGGUAGAAGGAAUAUACUGUCUUCCUAAGCAAAAGGUGGCUUUCCAGAUUUCACUUAUCUACACAUACGACACCACCGAUUCAACAUGCGUUCAGUCUAAGCUAGAAACGGAGUCAGCAUUUUUUUACCACAAUUUCAGUACCUCUCUGAGCAACAUAUACACCUUUGACGUGAAUGUGAUAAAACCAACCAUUGGGAAUUUGCCGGCUGUGUCAACUAAUUUGAUUGGAACCGUUACCGUUGCCACAAUGAAACUAGAAUUAGUUUCCGAACAAGCUGAUGCCAGUGAAUUGAUGAUAGUAGCAAACUCGAGCGUGAUACCUUACUAUGGUACGGACGGAGCGAAUAAAUUCAGUAUAUCUUGUGGUACUAGAACAAAAGUUGAAUCAAAGGCUGGCUUUGUGUGUGAUGCGGCCAGCCAAGUCUUUAUAAUCAACCAUAGAGCUAUAUGUGUGACCUGUCCACCAGGAACGUACAGUACGGAAAACAAAUGUAUACCAUGCCCAGAAAAUACUUAUAACAGCUUGACUAAUCAAUUUCAAUGCACUAAUUGCUCCGCAGACACUUAUAUCAACAAGAAAGGGUCCACAAGCAUCAAUUCUUGUUAUAGUAAGUGCCCACCAGGAUUCUAUUCAGAGAAUGGAUUAAUUCCUUGCAUGCCUUGCCCAGAGCAAACGUAUUCUUACAACACGACCCUGUGCAAUAGCUGCCCCGCUGGAAAUAGAACUGAUGGUAACGGAGCAACUAGUAUAGAAGACUGUCAAAGUAAGUAG